UUGUACUCAGUUUCCUCUUGGUUCCUAAGUUCUGCCUGAACGACGUGUGGCAAUCGUUGGUGAGUCGAAAAUGAGUGGCUAAAGUCUCUGAAGAGCACUUUCAUCACACAUGGCAGGGAUUCUACGCUCAGUAUUCCAGAGACCCCCAGGCAGAUUACAGGUGUUUCAGCCUUCACCUGAAGACCAUGAAAAAUAUGGUGGGGAUCCACAAAAUCCUCAUAAACUCCAUAUUGUUACCAGGAUAAAAAGUACAAAAAGACGUCCAUAUUGGGAAAAAGAUAUAAUAAAGAUGCUUGGAUUACAAAAAGCACAUACUCCUCAAGUUCAUAAGAAUAUCCCUUCAGUGAAUGCAAAACUGAAAGUAGUUAAACAUUUAAUAAGAAUCAAGCCCCUGAAGUUGCCGCAAGGACUUCCAGCAGAGGAGGACAUGGCUAACACCUGCCUCAAGAGCACUGGGGAGUUAGUCGUGGGCUGGCAACUAAAUCCUCUGGGCCACAAGGCAGUCAAGCCCUAAUGCCACAGCAGUUUGAGAUUAAAAGCUGCAACUCAUUUUAAUUUAAAUAUGUGAAAAAGGUGUUUUCAUUAAAACAUAUUUUAAAUAGUAGUCAUUUUCACUGACUAGUUAUGAUGUGAUUCUUCCUUACCAUCUCGGUUUCAUUGCUAUUAUUAGGUUUAAUUCUUUCCCUUCCCUCCCUAGUAGUUACACUGCAGCAUGGAUAAGAAUGACCCUGUUUGAACAUCUAGGAUCAGAGGUCAUCAUAGCAAUCAACAGCUGUUUUUUAAUAACAUUUUCUCAUUUAACUGAAUUUAACAAAUUCUGUGAAUGAAUUCUUAAAGUGAAUACUGUGUUAGGUGUUGGAGAAAUCCCAAACUCAUUAAAACAUGGCCUCUCCCUUCAGGAGCUUAUAGUCUGUUUUGCUAGACAUCAGAGAUUCAGUCAAGUCCUUAAACACUGGACAUAGCUAGACCUGCUGCUUUGUGCUUUAGUAUCUGUAAGUAUAGAUAUGGGCUAGGUUUCAUUGUAUCCAUAAAUUUUAUACCAAAAAUAGUAUCUGCUUUCUAAUUACCAAUCUGAUUUGUCUAAAUUAGCUAAUAUUUGUCUUUCCCCUAUUUUAUUUCAUCUAACCUAAUUCCAUCCAUAUUGUAAAAAAUCUCCUAUUAAUA